AUGUCAGCAUCACAGCUCCGAUCCAGGCAGAAUCGCCUAGGACGGGGAGACCUUGGCCUCAAAGCGAUGCAGCAUUCGCACAUCCAUGGCGCCGACGAAAGCACCGCCUUACUGGAUCACCCACGGCCAUUCCAGUCUAUGGCCAGGGAUCAUCUGUCUCAGCACCAACAUGGACUCCGAAGUUGGCCGCGACAAGUUGGACAGACUUUUUGGGCUGUAGUGAGCAACAGCUGGAUCAAUGUGUUGCUCGUCUUCGUACCUUUCGGAAUCGCAGCCGGAGUUGUGGACUGGCCCCCGAUUGCAAUAUUCGUCUUGAAUUUCCUGGCAAUCAUACCUCUGGCUGCCAUGCUUUCCUUCGCUACGGAGGAGCUCUCGGCCGUUGCUGGUCCGCAGAUUGGAGGUCUACUCAAUGCGACGUUCGGGAAUGCGAUUGAGUUGAUUGUCAGUAUUAUUGCGCUUAUGAAGGGCGAGUAUCGUCUUAUCCAGGCGAGCUUGUUGGGGAGUGUACUGGUGAACAUUCUACUUGUAAGUACCGAGAAAAUUACUCUCAAGACUCAGAAGCUCACGAUCCUAGGUCCUCGGAUGCUGCUUCAUCGCCGGUGGUAUCAGGAGACGAGAAUCUACCUUCGACAGCACAGUGGCUAGGAUCAUGACCGCUCUCAUGAUGCUCGCGGCUGGCGCUCUCGUUGUACCGGCCAUUCUCUACGCCACCCUCCUCAACUCCAAAGACGGCGAUACAGUCGAAAUUAUCCAGGUCUCCCGUGGCACCGCUGUCAUCCUUGCGGUGGUGUACGUCUUCUACCUCGUCUUCCAGCUCAGAACGCACUCCGGCCUCUUUACGGAUGAUCAGGAAGAAGGCAAGCAUGGAGAGCCAGAGCCCGGCGAAGAAGUCAACCCGGAUGUUGCGCGAGCGGAGAACGCGGAAGAAGACGGCAGGACUCUUGGCCUAUGGAGUGCGCUCACAACACUGAUUCUAACGACCGUGUGCGUGGGAUUCUGCGCGGAGUUCCUGGUCGAUGCUAUCAACCCGAUCGUGGACAGCACGCCCAUGUCCAAGACUUUCAUCGGAAUCAUUCUCCUGCCCAUCGUGACGAACGCAGCGGAGCACGUAACUGCCGUGAUUGUCUCCUGGAAAGGGAAGAUGAACCUGGCUCUCCUCGUGGAUCUCGGGAGUGGUCUGCAAAUCGCCCUGUUUGUGACUCCACUUCUAGUGAUCCUUGCCUGGAUCAUGGGAAAGGACCUCACGCUACAUUUCCAGCUCUUUGAGACUGUUGUGUUCUUUCUCAGCGUGCUCGUGGUCAACGUACUAAUUCGAGGCGGGACGUCGAAUUAUCUGGAAGGUCUGAUGUUGGUAGGCUGGUAUUUGAUCAUAGCUGUGGCGUUCUUCUAUUACAAGGAGCCGGAUAAUUUGUACGGCUUCUAG